AGAGUGACAGUUGAUUUGUCCAAAAGGCAGCUCACACAAGCAGUGACGUCUCUGUCUUUGCACCGGGCGGGAUAUCCGCAGUAGUAAGCUAACUAAUAACAUGGCGAAGACUUACGAUUACUUGUUUAAACUACUUUUAAUCGGCGAUUCAGGCGUCGGAAAGACCUGUGUGCUAUUCAGAUUUUCAGAAGAUGCCUUCAACUCAACGUUUAUCUCCACUAUAGGUAUUGACUUCAAGAUCAGAACAAUAGAAUUAGAUGGCAAGAAGAUAAAGCUACAGAUAUGGGAUACAGCAGGACAGGAGAGGUUCAGGACCAUCACGACAGCCUACUACAGAGGAGCCAUGGGCAUCAUGUUAGUGUAUGACAUUACCAAUGAGAAGUCCUUUGACAACAUCAAGAACUGGAUACGGAAUAUAGAAGAGCAUGCUUCAGCAGAUGUGGAAAGGAUGGUGCUUGGGAACAAAUGUGACGUCAAUGACAAGCGACAGGUGUCCAAAGAAAGAGGAGAGAAGCUGGCACUGGAGUACGGUAUCAAAUUCAUGGAGACCAGUGCAAAGGCGAACAUCAACGUGGAGAAUUCCUUCUUAACCCUCGCCAGAGACAUCAAAGCAAAAAUGGACAAGAAACUGGAGGGCAACAACCCACAGGGCAGCAGUCCAGGAGUAAAGAUUACAGAACAGCCCAAGAAGAGCAGUUUCUUCCGCUGCACGCUCCUGUGAGGAGACAGGAGCGUCUGCAUCCACCAUCGCCUUAACUGUGUCCCCCACUGGACAGAACUGGACAGACUGAUCUCUCUUUUAUCUUUCCUCAUUUGUCUUCCUCCUUCUCUUUCUGAUUGUCCUGUGCUUAUCUUUUGCGAAAAACAAAAAUGUAUCGCUCCCUUGGUUUACCAAUCUUCCCUUGACACCUGUGAAUCUAACUACUGUGGCCUCUGUUACAUGCUAAAUCUGAUUUCUUUUUUUACGGUUGCUCAUUAGGUCGACAGUUUUGAGUUUGAUUUGUUAGAUUUUAUUGACUUUUAAAGACUGCCUCCUUGUGAGACACUAGAAACGAUCAAACCUUUACUAACAAUAAUGUCUGAUGCCUAGCUAGUUUCUUUCACCUGUUGUCAGUGUCGCUUGGUGAAAUCUUAUUUAUUCGAUCCAUAUCACUAAAAGUAGCCCAAAUUAUACUUCCAGAAUAGGUUCACUAGUUCAAUGGGCUUCUUCUGUUGAAUAAUGUGAUCUAUGUCUCCAAGGCGAUUAUAGUACAAUCCCGGCUGAUUACUGUUUUUUGGAAGUAUUUUACUACAUUUGUGUACUGACUGGGUGGCCUAGACUUUUCUAUAUCCACAUAAGGUAAACUCAACAUGUAAAUAUCUAUCACUGAUUAUGAUUCACCAUAUGAAACGGUAGUGCCAGUGCAUUUUACUCAUCAUAUCAACAUUGGGGUUUACAUGUCCUCUGUCGACCUUUUCUACUCGUGUCUUUCUGUUGAUUUCUUAGGCUGAAACAUUCCAUUCAUCUUGUGAACACUUUAAUGUGCAAUGUAAUCUGUAUGUGGGGCUCAGAUCUUAAGUGUGCACAUGGUUGCAGUAAGACUGUGUUCUUGACAAAGUAUGCUUGUUUUAAGGUCACGCAGAUUCCUUUUGUAGAUGCUUACCUCAUCAUUUUAGGUAUUGGGAUUUCUACGGAUAAGAAAGAUGUGAUUGGUGUGAGGUAGACGAUUAUUUGAUGCACUCCAACUGGUGGACUAGCAAUACCUAACUCUAACACCUGGAGGCGAUACAGUUACACAGCAGUGGAACCAAAGGAAUCACAGCGAUGAUAAAAUCAUUGUUUUAUGCAUUCAUACUUCUUCCGGUGGUCAGUUCCAAAGGGGGAACAUGCACACAACUGUUUUCUGGGCCUUGGAUAGGGGCUGUGAUGUAGCAGUAUUUAUGGAGUGAAACAAAAACAUAGCACCAAAAUGACAAAGUGCCCUUUAAUGUUCUUAAUUGAUAAUGCACUUUUCCUUUGUUCUUUCUGUAAAAAAAAGUUCUUAACAUUUGUUGACUGUAUUUGUUGCAAGUCUUAACUGAAAGCAAAGAAUAUUCAUGCACAAGUUUUCCAUGUACCCAAUCUGGGCUUCCUAAAAACAUCUGAGCACUGAAACCUCAUCUUUUUUAGUUAAUAUAAUAAAAAAUAUACAGAAGGCCUAUGAUUUAGAGAUGGUUUUCAUUCCCAUUCCCAUUAAUUGAUAUUUCACUUUGCUUUUUAUGUUUCUGCAUCCCCAUUGAUGCUUUCGGGAAUCCCAGAUUGACCCACCCCGCACCCACCUAGUCUCUCUCUUACUCCUUCCCCUUUUCCUCCUCUAGAUAUCCCAUGUCUUAUUCUGGUCCAGUAUCAUGGCCGUCUGAACUAUGCAUUCUAGGUGCGUAGAAAACCUCAAAAUUCUUUGCACAUUUGACUUGACAAGCUUUAUUUGAGAUUAGAAAUGUGCAAAGGAUCCUUGCUGUUUGAUUUUCUGCUCCAAAUUCUAUUUUAGUUGCUCAGUUGAGCUGUUCAGGCUUAACAAUAGGAAAUGAAUUGAAAGCUGAUUAAAAUCACCUCCGAUAUUUUACAGUGAGAGCAAAUCAUUCCUAGCGGUGCUCAAGAGUCAUUGAAUUGAAUAUGUAACUGCGUAGAUGUUAACCUGUGGAUUUAAAUCGUUGUUGUUAAUGUGGUUGGACUUGGUUGAUUGUCAGCACAAUUUUGGUUUAACUGGCUCUCUCAGAUUAAGCCAAAUCGAGGCUUGAUAAAAAUGCAGGUUUUUAGACUUGAGUUUGGCUUAAAUUUGGACUGAAAUGAGCUCAGUUAUUCUUUUGAUUGGAGUCAUUUAUAAUUCUCACCAAUUAUAAACUUCCCAGUUUUAUGCUAACAAAACUUCAGCAUUCCUUAACUGAAUUUGGAUUUCAGCGCUGAUUAUUGAUGGAUUUCAUGGGGAAUAAAUUAAAUAAUUCAGCAGUUGUAAAUAGGAUUUACAGUGAUUGUAUUGAAGUUUCAUAAAUCUUAUUGAUCUACACCUUUUGUAGAUAUGUGUACUUCUGAUUUAUUAAAAAUGAGAUUCUUAAAAAAUG